UGCAGGUCGCGCAUGCGUUUGCAAUGCUAUCGGGCUUUCUGUGUUAGUGGAUACUUUCGCGUUGUGAGUCGGCAAAAAGGGAAAGCUGAAAACGACUCUCAAGAUUUUUCGGUGUUUAAGAUUUUUGCGGAUCGCGAUUCAACAUCGAGCGAUGUCGAGUACAGAAAAACAGCCGUUUCGCCGGCUGCCCACGAACGUUCUGCCCUACCAUUAUGAUAUUACUUUGAUACCGGACUUCGACACUUUUACUUUCACCGGCAAAGAGUCUGUGCAUGUUGACGUAAAGCAAUCUACGGACACUAUUGUCCUGAACAUGUUGGACAUCGAUCUGAAGAAAGUAAGUUUCCAUCUUACUGAUGGACCUUGUCUCUCAAUAAAGAAAAUAGAGGUCUCUACAUCCGAAGAGACAGUUACUUUGGUACUUGGUAGAAAUCUGCCAACUGGCAAAUGUGGAUUUUUGCAAUUGGAAUUCGCGGGAAUGAUGAAUGAUAAAAUGAAAGGCUUCUAUAGAAGCAAAUAUCUUGGAAAAAAUAAAGAAGUUAAAUAUGCAGCUGUCACUCAGUUUGAACCAACAGAUGCUAGACGUUGCUUCCCAUGCUGGGAUGAACCAGCGCUUAAAGCUACGUUUGACAUUACCGUACAUACACCAAGUAGGACUUAUAUAGGACUUUCUAAUAUGCCUCUCAAAAGAUUGAACACACACGGUGAAACUGAUAGUUUUGAAUUUGAGACCACGCCAAUUAUGUCGACGUAUUUGGUAGCCGUGGUGAUCGGCGAAUUUGAUUACAUAGACAAAAAAUCUAGCGACGGUGUAUUAGUACGUGUUUUCACGCCAAAAUCGAAGGAAGAACAGGGCAGGUUCGCGUUGGAAACAGCAGUUAAGGUGUUACCUUAUUACAAAAACUACUUUGGAAUUGCUUAUCCGCUUCCGAAAAUUGAUCUCAUUGCGAUUGCCGACUUCUCAUCAGGAGCUAUGGAAAAUUGGGGUCUGGUCACGUACCGCGAAACUUGUCUUUUAGUGGAUCCAGAUAAUACUUCCGCUCUUCGAAAGCAGUGGAUCGCUCUGGUUGUAGCACACGAAUUGGCACAUCAAUGGUUUGGAAAUCUUGUAACCAUGGAAUGGUGGACGCACUUGUGGUUAAACGAAGGUUACGCGACGUUCGUAGAAUUUUUAUGCGUUGCUGAUCUAUUCCCAGAAUACGAUAUUUGGACGCAAUUUGUGACAGACACGUAUAUCGGAGCGUUAGAAUUGGAUGCUUUGAAGAACAGCCAUCCGAUCGAAGUACCUGUUGGUCAUCCUUCAGAGAUUGACGAAAUUUUCGACGAGAUUUCUUACAACAAAGGUGCAUGCGUCAUUAGAAUGUUACACGCUUAUAUCGGCGACGAUGAUUUUCGCAAGGGUAUGAAUUUGUACCUUAAUCGGCAUAGUUAUGCUAACGCGAAAACGGGAGACCUUUGGGAUGCUUUGGAAGAAGCCAGCGGUAAAAAUGUACGAAGCGUGAUGUCUACUUGGACCGAGCAGCAAGGUUUUCCUGUUGUCAAAGUUCGACAUCGUCAAGAAGGCAACGACCGAAUUUUGUCGCUAUCCCAAGAAAGAUUUUUGGCCGACGGUUCUUCGGACACCGAGAACAGCUUAUGGAUGAUUCCAAUCAGCGUAAGCACGUCAAAUAAUCCGGAGGAAUGUGUGCUCACUGAUUUGCUGGAUGAAAAAACGAAAGAUUUUCAAGUCAAAAACGUUUCCGCGGACAGUUGGGUGAAGAUCAAUCCUGGAACGGUCGGCUUUUAUCGGACUUAUUACAGUCCAGAGGCAUUGUCCCUGUUGUUACCCGCGGUUAAAGAUCGCGCGCUACCUCCUUUGGACAGACUAGGUCUUUUGGAUGAUUUGUUCGCCAUGGUACAAGCUGGACGCGCACCAACCGUAGAAUUACUACAGCUUAUGCAAGCGUUCCAAAAAGAAGAUAAUUUUACUGUAUGGUCUAGUAUAGAUAAUAUCCUCAGGAAAAUCGGAAUUCUUAUAUCCCAUUUAGAUUUCCAAGACUCCUUCGAAGCGUGGGGGUGUAAUUUAUUGAUAGACAUAACAAUGAAAUUGGGAUGGAUACCGAACAAAUUGGAAAGCCACUGCGAUAAUCUUUUGAGGUCCCUGGUGUUGGGUCGUAUGGGAGCCUUAAACGAUACAUAUACUAUAGAACAAGCAAAGACACGAUUCGACUUGUAUGUAACUAAAAAGCAGCACCUCAAUGCCGAUUUGCGUAGCCCCGUUUAUCGAACUGUCCUUUCCAAUGGCGAUGCGGAUACUUAUCAAACGAUGUUGGAGCUUUAUUCCAAAGCUGAUUUGCACGAGGAGAAGGACAGAAUAUUGAGAGCUUUAGGCGCGAUCAAGGACGAAACUCUAUUGGCAGAGGUUCUCGAGUUUGCUAUGAGCGACGAAGUAAGAGCUCAGGAUGCGGUAUACGCGAUCAUGUCGGUAUCGAUGACAUACAAAGGCCGCAUCAUGGCAUGGGACUUCUUCAAGAGAAAUUGGGAAACGCUUCGUGAUCGUUACGGAGGUGGUUUCCUGAUGUCGAGAUUGGUUAAGGUCAUCACCGAGAAUUUUGUCACCGAGGAACAGGCCAAAGACGUCGAAGAAUUCUUCAAAGAUCAUCCAACGCCAGGAACCGAGAGAACAGUUCAACAAAGUGUCGAAUCUAUCAGAUUGAACGUUGCAUGGCUCGCUAGAGAUAUAGAAUCUAUCAAGGAAUAUCUGACUACUCAGGUCUGGUAGUAAAAAUAAGUUAUUCCAUGCAUCGAGUUUUUUUUUUUUAUCUCUAACUUGUUACGACAUCUGUUACAUCAGGAAAUCGAUGGUUGGCGUCGGCCAUCGUGCGAGUGUAUAACAGAGUAGUAGCUUCGAGUCAAUUACAAAAGAGGGAAGAACAGUUCUCUUUUUAUAAAGUACCCACAAGAAUUGAGUUCACACACAGUGAUUGGUUUAACAGAUACCUGAUAACAAGUUGUUCGACGUUUAUUUCCGUUGGGAAUUCUUUGGAAUGCAUAGAUUUAGAUACCGUUUCACGGUGUCUGUGGUUACCUUACCGAUGGUAUUAUUGAAACGCAGCAUUAAUUUUUUGCAUUUAUAUAUUUUUUUGUAUCCCGUGGGCACGUGAUUUUUCUUCCCGAGUACGAAAUCAGAUUCGAGAGCACUAGUGUUUGUCACUUUAUAUCAUGAGUAAAAUGAAUGAAAAGAGGGGGAAAAACAAGCGUGUAGCUGCAGUACACAUUUAUAUCACAUACCAUAAUUGAGACGAUUGAAAUAAAUACUUUUACGCUUGUA